CUUAAAUAUACUUUGUUUUUCACAUUCUCUGCUGGCUAGCAGAAUGCACUCCACUUGGGCAUAAGCAAGCACAGCACAUCAAAGUUUCAUAUUCAUUACAAAGUCUGCUGCUUGCAAAGAAAGUACAUUAUCCAACUACAAUUAGGGUGAAAAGUUUGCUCGUUCGGGUGUUCGUGUAUCAAUUUUAUUCCAAAAUCAUUGUGCUAUUUUGGCUGAUAAAAGCGAGACAAAAAGUGUCAUCUCAUCGGCUCCGGACCGGACUGCUGCCGUCUGUACAGUGGCGUCAGUCAGUUGUUAGUUGUGUUUCAUCCAGAAAGCAUUUCCCAGCAGAAAGCAAGCAAUGGCCAGUGGAAAGUAUAAUUUUGCGAUUGAUCGUGGAGGAACCUUCACCGAUGUCCUCUGUAUAACACCGGAGGGGAGCAUUCGAACGCUGAAGCUGCUCUCGGUGGAUCCGGCCAACUAUCCGGAUGCACCGACCGAGGGAAUCCGCCGGAUCCUCGAGCAGGAAACGGGACGUUCCCGCACCGAGCAGGGGCUGGUCGAUACCGACCGGAUCGGAUGGGUCCGGAUGGGCACGACGGUCGCUACGAAUGCGUUGCUCGAGCGAGCAGGUGACCCGGUGGCCCUGGUGGUUAACCGUGGCUUUCGUGAUUUGCUGCAGAUUGGAAACCAGGCACGUCCGAGCAUCUUUCAGCUGAACAUCCAGAAGCCGUCCAACCUGUACCGGGAGGUGGUCGAAAUCGACUGCCGGCUGGUACCGGCUCAACGCGACACCUGUCAGCUCGAGCACAGCUGGCCCGAGCUGGUGGGUGCUUCCGGUGCCUGCUAUCUGGAGAUGGCCCCCAUCGACGAGCCCGCGGUACGUGCCAAGCUGGAAGAGGUGCACGCCAAAGGUAUCACCUCGCUGGCCGUUGUGCUUGCGCACAGCUAUGCCUGCCCGGAUCACGAGCUGCUGGUCGGGGCGAUCGCGGAACAGAUCGGUUUUCGUCACGUUACCCUGUCGCACAAAGCGAUGCCAAUGUGUCGCCUGGUGGCACGCGGUUUUACCGCCUGUGCGGAGGCCUAUCUAACGCCGCACGUUGAACGGUAUCUCGCCGGAUUUAAGGCUGGUUUCAAGGAUCAACUGCACGGUGUGGACGUGCUGUUUAUGCAAAGUGACGGUGGACUGACUAGGAUGGAAAACUUUCGCGGUGCGAGAGCUAUCCUGAGUGGACCGGCUGGCGGGGUGGUUGGAUAUGCGGUAACUGGUGCUAGGGAUUCUGAUGGACAGCCGCUAAUUGGGUUCGAUAUGGGAGGAACUUCAACGGAUGUUUCCAGGUUUGCUGGGACGUACGAUCAUGUGAUUGAAUCCACAACCGCUGGCGUUACGAUUCAAGCCCCGCAGUUGGACAUCAAUACGGUGGCCGCCGGUGGCGGUUCACGUCUGUUCUUCCGAUCGGGUUUGUUCGUGGUGGGCCCCGAAUCGGCUGGUGCUCAUCCGGGUCCAACGUGCUAUAAGAAGGGUGGUCCGCUGACCGUGACUGAUGCAAAUUUGAUUCUCGGACGAUUACUGCCGGAGUAUUUUCCGAAAAUUUUCGGUCCCAGUGAAACGGAGGCGCUGGAUUAUGUCGCAACUAAGGAAGCUUUCGUCGUGCUUCAGCAGGAGAUCAAUCGUCACCUGCUGGAAUCGGGCGAACGGGAACGGCCUCUAACGUUGCAGGAAAUUGCGAUGGGUUUUGUACGUGUUGCGAACGAGGCCAUGUGUCGGCCCAUCCGGGCAUUGACGCAGGCACGCGGACUGGACACCUCCAAGCACGUGUUGGCCUGCUUCGGUGGUGCCGGUGGACAACACGCUUGCAGUAUCGCGAAAGAACUUGGAAUGAGUAAGGUUUUGGUGCACAAAUAUGCCGGAAUUCUAUCGGCCUACGGUAUGGCUUUAGCAGACGUUGUGCACGAGGUCCAGGAGCCCGCUGGGCUCGCUUUAAGCGAGGAUAAUCGUUUGGCUAUAAAAGAGAAGCUGGACGAACUGAGUCAAUCCUGCAAGGCGCAUCUUGCCGGGCAAGGAUUUUCCGAUGAAGCAAUCGUUUUGGAACCGUAUCUUCAUUUGCGCUACGAAGGAACGGAUUGCGCACUGAUGUGUUCCCCUGACAAGGUCGUCGAUAAUCAGGAAAACUACAUCUACACAUAUGGAGAUUUUGAGAAAACAUUUUUCAAUCGGUACCGAAGCGAGUUUGGCUUUGUGUUGGAGCAGAGAAAAAUAAUUGUCGAUGAUAUUCGUGUUCGCGGCUCCGGACGGUCGUCGGUGUUUGAGGAAGCAACUAUUCCGGAGGCGGACGGGCCGAUUUAUCCGGAGAAAACUACGACCGCUUUCUUCGAAGAAGGACAGCUCGUAACGCCCGUCUUUGAUUGUUCUAAACUACGCAACGGGCACACCGUACAGGGACCAGCAAUACUGAUUGAUAAACUUUCCACCAUCGUCAUUGAACCGGACUGUCGGGCGCUGGUAACGCCCAAAGGGGAUCUAAUUAUUGAGGUUGGCUCAUCAGCCGGCAGCAAGCGCAUCGAUGAUCGACUGGAUGCGGUUCAGUUGAGCAUUUUUAACCAUCGAUUCAUGAGCAUCGCCGAACAAAUGGGUCGCGUACUGCAGCGGACGGCCAUCUCCACUAACAUCAAAGAGCGGCUGGAUUUCUCCUGUGCCCUGUUUGGCCCAGACGGUGGUCUGGUAAGCAACGCACCACAUAUUCCGGUACAUCUCGGCGCAAUGCAGGAAACUGUCCAGUACCAAAUCAAAGUUCGCGGGGAAACCCUCAAACCGGGUGACGUUUUACUCUCGAAUCACCCGCAAGCGGGUGGUUCUCAUCUUCCGGAUCUAACGGUGAUUACACCGGUUUUCUAUCCGGGAAUUCCGAAACCGGUAUUUUUCGUGGCCUCUCGUGGUCACCACGCGGACAUUGGAGGAAUCACUCCGGGUUCGAUGCCACCGCAUUCGAAAUCCCUCUCGCAAGAGGGAGCAGCUUUUAAAUCGUUUCUUCUGGUUGAUGGAGGAGUGUUCAAGGAAGCGGAAAUCGUCGAGCGUCUCAGUACUCCGACCAGCGCGCCGGGCGCGGUCGGUACCAGAAAUUUGUCCGAUAAUCUGUCCGACCUGAAGGCCCAGAUAGCCGCCAACCAGAAGGGCAUUCAGUUGGUGGCGGAACUGAUCGACAGCUAUGGGUUGAACGUUGUCCAGGCCUACAUGGGCUAUAUGCAGCAGAAUGCCGAACUGGCCGUGCGGGAUAUGUUGAAAGAGAUCGCCAAAGAGACGAAGAUGAGAACUGGAUCAACGAUCCUGGAAGCAACGGAAUACAUGGAUGAUGGUUCGCCGAUACGUUUGCAGGUUUCGAUUGACGAAAAGGAAGGCUCCGCAGUUUGUGAUUUUAGUGGUUCCGGUCCGGAAGUGUACGGCAACUGCAAUGCACCGCGUGCCAUCACGCUGUCCGCGCUGAUCUACUGUUUGCGCUGCAUGGUUGGGCACGACGUGCCCCUGAAUCAGGGCUGCUUGGCACCGAUCAGUGUCAUUAUACCGAAUAACUCCAUUCUGGAUCCGUCGGACGAUGCGGCGGUGGUCGGUGGCAAUGUGCUAACUUCGCAACGCAUUGUGGAUACGGUUUUCAAAGCAUUCCGCACCUGUGCCGCUUCGCAGGGAUGCAUGAAUAACAUCACUAUUGGGGACGAACGCUGGGGUUACUACGAAACCGUUGCCGGUGGCAGCGGAGCUGGCCCCGGUUGGCAUGGCACGGGAGGGGUGCACACCCACAUGACCAACACCCGGAUCACGGAUCCGGAAAUACUUGAACUACGCUAUCCGAUCAUUUUGAAGAAGUUUUCACUGCGUGAUGACCAAUCCGGAGGCGUUGGACUGUACAACGGGGGCGAAGGCGUUCAGCGAGAAUUGCUGUUCCGCAAACCGAUGACGCUGUCGGUUUUGACGGAAAGACGAACGCUGGUGCCGUACGGAAUGGCCGGAGGGGGACCAGCCAAAACCGGACUGAAUUUACUCGUGAAAAAAGAUCGCGCCAUUAAUUUGGGCAGCAAAACAGCCGUUUGCGUUGAGACGGGGGAUAUUUUCUCGAUGAAAACUCCGGGAGGCGGCGGGUACGGCCGACCAUCUUCGAAUGCAUUCCCGGUGCUCGAUCUGAUCGAUGACGAUCCUUCGAAGGCGUUCAUCGAGCACGGUAGCGUUUACGAGUAUCGUCUAGCACAGGAGUCCGUUUGAUGGCACGAUGUAGGUUUCAAUUUUAACUUUUAUUUAGUGUUGAUUGUUGUAUUGAUUAUAAUUGUUGUUGUAAUGUUCAAAUAGGACCAAACAGUUGUUGUUGAGUGCCAAAAGUUUUAUUCGCUAGGUAAGAGGAAAUGAUAUUUCGAAGCGUCCCUGAUAAUCGUUCAUAUCGUAUACUCUGACUCAGGAUAGGAAAUACUAUAGAUUAGACAAGGAAACAUUUUACAAAUGUAGCUUUAGGAGACUUGUACCUUCCGACGGUGUCAAUCGUCGUCUUGGAUUUGCCAAUCACAUUGAUCGAAAGAAACAAGCACAAAAAAUGUAACAAUAGUGUUCCAAAGUGAUAAAGGAUUUGAACUAGUUGAAGUUUUUUCCAUUUAAAUAAUAAUUACCUAAUAGUCGUCUUGCACAAUUUGAUUGUACGCUCAGUAAACAGUUUUGCGGUUGAACCGAAAGUCUUACAAUGUUUUAAGUAUAAAUAUA